AUGGACAGCAAAUUCAAAACGGAUGAUCCUCAAGACCAGUCUAUGGUCUUCAAAUUGCAAAAGGCCAAAGUCUGGUUAAAGAACUUUAACGGAGAAUUUCCUUUGUUGAACAACUUAUCAGAACCACCAAUGGUUAUUGCCAUGGUAGACAUUGCCUUUGGAAUGUUUACAGCUUUCUACCUCAAUAGGUUUGGUCUUAAGCAAGAGGCAAACGUCUUUCCUAUUCUCAAGGCCUUGGGACAAGUCAAAGACCCAAAGGAACCCCAACGCAGCAACACCAAGAGACUAUUUUCUGAAGAAAUUGGAUUUUGUUCCGUUGCCCUCAGGAGAAUCAGCAAGCAGAUUAAUGCUCCUGUUUUGAAGAACAAUUCCAACUACAAGAGACAACAUUCAUUGCCGCCCUUGCUGAAAAUGAUGAUAGCGCAAAGCUGGCAGUUAUAUCAAAAAUUAUUGAGGCAAGUUACUAGUAUAGGUUCAUCUUGUUUCUCUUCCCACUCCAUUUGCUCACCGCACAUCAACAACAGUUUCUCAAAACCAAGGGGAUCAGUGCUGAAGUAA